AUGUACUUCGUUGACCCCUUGUCACUCUUAAACGAGGACUUAAAAGACGAACUUGACAAGGAUGCGGAGGCUCCAGAUCAUCUCACGGGGCUCGAUGUAGCUCCUCUGGGAAUACACUGCGCUGAAGUUGAUGACGUCCCGACUAUGGUAAUUUGGAAGAUAAGGGGAAACUAUGUUGUCUCGGUCAAUAGCGCAGCACUCCUGAGAGACUGCCAAAGUUUGUUUAAAAAGGAAUUGUGUCUUUUCCUAGUACCUGAAGUCUAUGCGGCUCUGAUAGUGACCUCUCGAUACACGGCCAUGCAUACUGCAACUGGAGAUUACCUCCGCUAUCUUGUGCAAUCCACAGUCCAGCCCGGCGUAUCUUGCCCCAUUGCGUUAGCACUUACAUUUAUUGCACUUCUAGAGCGGAGGAUCUGCUUCUGUAUGGACGGGGACGUCAUCAGCGAUGCCGGGAGACUUGACCUGCCAGGGAAAUAUGGGGUGCUCGAAACGCUUCCACCGGUUACUGAAUGUGGUCAAUGGGCAAUACAGGUCUCUUUUGAUGAUCUUUCAGGCUCAGCAGCUAGGUUUGGAACGUUGGUCGAGCUUGCUACAACCUUUUCAAAACCCUCUAUUUACACUGAAUAG